UGAGGUGCGGAUGAUUAAAGGAAACUGGGCCGUUCCCAAAUCCCCUCCUGUCGUGCGAAACCCUCCACCCUAUUUCCUCGCUCUUGGGGGUUCACGGGACCGGCGGUCACCGGCGGACGGCGGAGAACGAGCACAGCGUUCGAGGUCAAUGGAAGAAGCUCUGGAGGUUAUAUGCCAAGUUGAGGAAGAUUUCACAUUAUGAUCUACAAGGAAAUUUGCCACUUCAAACUUCCUCAAUGAUUUACAUGUGCUACUUGUUACUCCCGGAGUUGAAGUAGAUUGAAAUUGAGCCACUUGGCUCGGGGAUGCUUGUUGAGGGGGGGCUCCUCGACCCGAAGAUGUAGCAGACUGCCAAGUGAACCCAAAAAUGCAAUUACUAUAAAGGAAGUGUGGAUGGCUUUUUGAGAAAUUGGGUUUAUUGUAGAACUAUAAUGGAAAGGCCCGGCUCAAAUGAUAUAUCAUCUGCAAAAGCUGUGUUGCUGGGAGCUUUAGCAUCUGGUGUUAAUGGUCCCACAUGGCUUGCACUCAAAAUUAUAUUUUUGCUGCUCGGAGUCUGUCUUACUGCCUUGCUUUCGCUAGCGUAUUCAUCAAGCGACUUCAUUAUUGCUGGCCAUGUUCUUUUGCUUGUAAUCAUAGGUUCAAUGCUUUUCAUACUGCUGAAUGGCUUUCUUGCACAGACUGGUCUGGUAUCAGUUGAACAACAGAUGAAGGAGAUGGGUAUGCUAAAUAAUGAAGGGAAUGAGAAAGACAAAAGAAACUAACAGAGUAGGGCAUCGUUAUCGGAAAGAAGACAUGAUUACAUUUUUUGACCCUUAGACAGAUAGCUACAAUUGAUGAAUACUGUCCAAGAGAGCCCAAGCACAGGUAUGGACAGCAUGUUUACAUUAUUGUGAAGCUAAACAAAUUCAAAGACCCUUACUUUAAUCACCUUUGGCUACCUUCUCCUUCGGCUUGCUCUUUUUGGUCUUCAUGAAGCAGAAGCAUGAGCAACAUGGGCACUGAAACAAGAACUUCAUUGCUUUGUUACAACUUGUCAGACGUACCAAUUACAGAUUUAUAUUCCAAUGGAGUAGCCUCCUCCUUCCCCCACCCUGCUUUUUUAAAACUGCAUAUAGGGAUUCCUUUCCUGUCACUUUAAUAAAGAGGAUGCCGCUCUAGGCAGGCAUUGCCAUAAUUAAAAGUCGUCUAUUCUUCUAUUCUGCAGUUUUGUGGGUCUUGUUGACCACUUGGAAAAGUAUAUUCCUUGUUAUUAUUAUUAUACUUUUUUUUUAAAAAAAAGGUAAGAUUUCUUGAUGGCAAGCAAAGAAGGAAGAAAUUUGAUGCGCC